CUAUAUUCGUGUUUCUGAAGCAAACACAUCGGUUUUACCAGUGCAGGGCAACAGUACAUGAUAUUUUCAUUACUUUAAAACACUUUCAUUUUUUGGUGUUGCUGUUCCUUUAACUAACCAAAAGAUUGGGGCCACACAGAGGGCAGUAAAUGUGCUGGUUGCAAUAGGAGAGGGGAUGCUUUCUGUGCCAGUGUUAUUAGAGGAAAAAAAAACUUCUUUAAGAGAUUUAUUUUCCCCAAAGCUGCUAAAAAUCCGAAUCUGAAAAUACACUCAAACGUGUCAUGGUCAUGUAGUGGCAGAUGUCCCUGAAGAUGUUUCACAUUGUGAUCCUCGCUGGUUUUCAUCCGAUACAGUUGAGUUUUCGGGAGUGUCAAUUAAAAAAAGUCGUAUCAUUCGAAUUGACACACUAAUUUGUCGCAAUUAAUUUUCACAUCAACUUUUUCAAGAAGAAUUAUUGAUAAAUCAGUUCAAUUCAUGGCUGGGAGUUCGGUUGACUUUGUUUUAAUAAAAAACUUGAGUUUUAGUAAAUAGCUCCUUAAUGUUUAAAAUAUUUUUUUAGUUGAUGAGGCAUAGAGAUCCAAAUUAUGGAAAAUCCCUAACCUGGAAAACCCCCAGGUCCCGAGCAUUCUGGAUAAAAGGUCCUGUACAAUAGAAGAGACGCUGAAUAUAUAUUCCUAUAUGUAUCUAAUCGUGUAAGUUUACUGUAUCCAGUGGACAAAGACUGCAAUUAAUAAUAGACAGUAAGAAAGAUUGUAAUAGUCAAUAUUUGUGCCUGUGUAACUACUCGUGUCCCUGCUUUACUGUCUCUUUAAAGGGGAGAGAAUUAUGUAAAUAGGACCAAUUGUAGGCUUCUGUUGGAAAAUACCCGGUGACACUCUUAGCGUUACAAAUUGCUUCUCGUUACCAGUGUGAGAAUAAUUUGAUAUGUUUGAGCAGCCACACCCUGUGCAGGAAUACACUAUCCCAGUGGCUCUAGUGAAGCCCAUAACACUACGACAGGUGUUUUACUGGAACAUGCCCUAAUCCUGUACAGCUCACUCUCUGCAAAUAAUGGACUUACUCAGGAAAGCCAAGGACUCCGAGGAGAAGCCGGAGAAAGAAAAGAAGGGGCUAUUUUCCGGGCUGCACCUGAAGAAAAAGAAGAAAGGUGACAAGGGACUGACCAUAGCAAACAAGGGCGCUCAAGGGAAAUUUGAUGAUGCAGACAGUCUCCACGGUGAUGUCUCAGGAAUUGAGGGAGGAGCCAGCGACGAUGGAAGACUUUUUGAUUUGUCUGCCUCAAGCUCCUCCCUUUCUUACUAUAUGCAAAAGAAAAGAGCCAAGCUGGUGCCCAAGAUCCACGAAGGAGAAACCAAAAUCCAAACCUACCAGAUUGCCAUAACAAUCACUGAGGCCCGGCAGCUGAUUGGGGAAAACAUAGAUCCCAUUGUGAUCAUUGAGAUCGGGGAUGACAAAAAGCAAACGACGGUGAAAGAAGGAACCAACGCUCCUUUCUACAAUGAGUACUUUGUGUUUGACUUUAUUGGACAACGGGAGCAGCUCUUUGAUAAAAUCAUCAGACUGUCUGUGAUGCACAACAAACUUCUGGGAAGCAUUUUAAUUGGUUCAUUUCGAGUGGAUUUGGGAACAGUAUAUAACGAGCCAGGGCAUCAGUUCUGUGACAAGUGGGCUUUGCUGACAGACCCCAGUGAUAUCAGGACUGGAGUUAAAGGCUACCUGAAGUGUGACAUCAGUGUGGCCGGGAAGGGCGACUCCAUUCAGUCCUCUCAGAAAAUCAGCGACGCAGAAGAACAGAUCGAAAAGAACCUGCUGAUUCCUAAAGGGUUUCCAUCAGAAAGACCAUGGGCCAGGUUCUAUGUUCGCAUCUACAGAGCAGAAGGCCUCCCCAAGAUGAAUUCCAGCAUCAUGGCCAAUGUUACCAAGGCUUUCAUUGGAGACAGCAAAGACCUUGUGGAUCCUUAUGUGGUGAUCAUGUUUGCAGGUCAAAUGGGCCGAACCACUGCCCAGAAGAACUGUGCAGACCCGGUGUGGCAUGAGCAGAUUGUAUUCAAGGAAAUGUUUCCUCCUCUGUGUCGAAGGGUGAAAAUCCAAGUCUGGGAUGAGGGGAGCAUGAAUGAUGUGGCUCUGGCUACUCAUUUCAUAGACCUCAAAAAGAUUUCUGAUGAGCAAGAUGGUGACAAAGGGUUUCUUCCUACAUUUGGGCCUGCUUGGAUCAAUCUUUAUGGUUCCCCCCGUAACACAUCAUUAAUGGAAGACCACCAAGAACUUAAUGAAGGUCACGGGGAAGGUGUCUCAUUUAGAGGACGCAUUUUAAUAGAAAUUGCUGUUGAGAUUCUAUCCGGAGGAGCACAUGAAUCUAAAUUUUCUAAAGUUAUCAAGGAUAUGAAGCUUCCUCUUAAAGAUUCCAAGUCUUCCAAAGGCUCAGGAAAAGAGAAAGGAGAGAAGGGUUCAGAAGAUGCUAAACAAACAUCAGCCGCCGAUAAAACAAACUCUAUCCAAGUGGAAGUUGAACCCUUUGAUGUGCCUACAGAGUUUCAGGAAGAAAAGUCUGAAGAUUUUCUCCUCUUCGGAUCAUUUUUUGAAGCAACGUUGAUUGACAGGAAGAUUGGAGAUAAGGGUAUAAGCUUUGAGUGUUCUGUAGGUAAUUAUGGAAAUGUUCUGGAUGGGGUGUCACAUUCUGGAGCGAAAAAGAAAUCCCCAGAACAUGAGGAUGGAGAAGGUGCUCCAUUGCUUCACCCAGAUGAAGGAGAAGCUGCACCAGAAGUCUCUUUAUCAUUUAAAUCAGUGACAACUCCAGAGAAACCCUUGAUCACAGAAGGAAACAGGAACUAUCAUUACUUGUCAUUUUAUGAGAAAAAGCCUUGUAUUUAUGUAAAGAACACAUGGGGAGACCAAACCUUCCGGCUGUAUUCUUCCAACAUGCUGCAGAAAAUGGCCAAUCACCUGGAGAAUGGUUUGGAGCAAGCGAAAGAACUUGUCAAGAUCUCAGAUUUGGCCCCUGAUGAGAAAAUGCGUGAUAUUCUAAUAGAGUUCAUUAACCAGAGCAGGGCAUUUAUCUCUGUAAAUGAAAAGAGAAGCAAAAUGGCCAAUACUACAGCUCUGGAUAAGAAAAGAGCUACCCUUUGUAGGCAGGAGCUGGAGGCGAUGUCAGAGAACGCCAAGGCAAUUUUGCAGCAGAAAAAGAAGAUGUCAUUAAGCGAUAUGACACGAGAAAUGCAGGGCUUAAUAGAUAACAUUCAAUUUCUGGUGGAUGAGCCACAGCACACAGUCCCUGAUGUAUUUAUCUGGCUGCUGAGUAAUAACAAACGAGUUGCAUAUGCCCGAAUCCCAGCACGAGACAUUCUCUACUCCCCCGUGGCUGAAGAGAAAGGUCAUCACUGUGGGAAGAUUAAAACCCUUUUCUUCAAACUUCCGGGAAAGCGCCCCCCUGGCUGGAACGUACAAGCCAAAGUAGAUGUGUACUUGUGGCUGGGCUCCAGCAAAUAUUCCCAUUCCAUCUUUGAGAACUUACCCAGUGGCUAUGAAGUGGAAACACACUCGGCUUCUUCAGGGCAUCAUGGCUCUCCUCCACCGGGGAACCUGGUCUACAAAACACAACACAUGUUCCAGCUACGGGCCCACAUGUACCAGGCGAGAGGACUUAUUGCUGCUGACACUUCUGGGCUUUCAGAUCCAUUUGCCAAGGUGACAUUUGUCUCCCACUGCCAAACAACAAAGAUUAUUUCACAGACACUUUCUCCAACUUGGAACCAGAUGCUGCUGUUUAACAACCUUGUCGUCCAUGGAGAACUUAAAGACAUUGCUGACGACCCACCAAAUAUUGUCAUAGAGGUUUAUGAUGAUGAUGCACUGAGUAAAUCAGAGUACAUUGGUUCUACUGUGGCCUCCCCAACAGUGAUCUUGGCAAACCAAACCUACUCACCAGCCAAACUGGCUUAUCAUCCUUUGUUUUGUGGAAAUCUCUCAGGAGGGGAACUUCUGGCUGCCUUUGAGUUGCUACAGGUCCCUGAGUCAGGGGUGCAGAGCCUUCCACAAAUCGAAACUCCUGAUGUUGCUCAGAUUUAUCCAGUCCCAGCAAAUAUCCGCCCGGUGCUGAGUAAAUACAGAGUAGAGGUUCUCUUCUGGGGCGUGCGGGAGAUGAAGAAGGUCCAGCUUCUCUCGGUGGAUCGGCCUCAGGUGCUGAUAGAAUGUGCUGGGAAGGGCGUGAAGUCCUGCGUUAUACAGAGCUACAAAAGCAACCCCAACUUUAAUGUGAUUGGAGAUUGGUUCGAAGUGGAACUGCCUGAAAAUGAAGUGUUGCAUCCUCCGCUGAGUAUUUGCGUAGUUGACUGGCGAGCAUUCGGACGCAGCACUCUUGUCGGGACGCACAUGAUCAAUUGCCUGAAACAGUUUUUGUACAAAGCCGGACCGGUAGUCCAGAACCUGUCUGCUGAAAGUGCUGGAGCCCAGUAUGAUACUCCUGAUCCAGGGGAACAAGAUCAUAUCUAUGUUGACAUCGAUCCUUCUCUAAGGAAGGAUGUUCCACAAAGCCGCCCUCAUUCUACUGCUCCAUCGCCUACUGCAACUUUAGCUCCAUCUACCAGCACUGCUCCUGAUUCCACUGUGUCUAAAGACAGAACCACAGCAGAGAAGUCCCCUCUACAGAAAGAUACCACCCAGCAGGCUUUGGUCAGAGGGUCACUGAGGAGAUCAACCAAAAAGAAGAAGAGAACAAUCGCAGAUGAAUCAGCGGAGAAUGUCAUUGACUGGUGGUCAAAAUACUAUGCCUCUGUGGAGAAGCUGCAGAAGGCAAAGGCCGCAGCUGCCGCCGACACGACAGAUUCAUCUGGUAAGACCCCGGGGCAAGUCAGUUUAACAGUUGAAGAGCCAGAAAAAAAGAAGAAAGAUGGGAAAAAAGGAAUGGAUUUGGUCAAAAAGAAGCCAAAAGAUGAAGGUCCCAAACUUUCCACCCUGCAGAUAUACGACAAUGAACUGGAAAGUGAGUUUAAGAAUUUUGAAGACUGGGUCAGAACCUUUGAGCUUCUCAGAGGGAAAUCUACAGACGACGAGCACAGUAUCCAUGAUGAUAGGAUCAUUGGCAAAUUCAAGGGUUCCUUCUGUAUAUACAAAAAUGUUGAGGACACCAACUUCAAGGACGGAGGGCAGCUACGGAUUCUGCAGGGAAUUCCACCCAAUCUAUCUGUGAAAGUCUUGAUACGGGUCUACAUUGUUGCAGGCUUUAACCUUAGCCCAGCGGAUCCAGAUGGGAAGUCUGACCCCUACAUUGUGUUAAGACUUGGGAAGACUGAGAUUAAAGAUCGAGAUAAUUACAUCCCUAAGCAGCUCAAUCCUGUGUUUGGGAGAUCGUUUGAGAUGCAAGCAACACUCCCGAAGGAUUCCAUAUUGUCCAUUGUCAUUUAUGAUUAUGAUAUGAUCGGGACGGACGACCUCAUUGGUGAAACCAAAAUAGAUCUGGAGAAUCGAUUCUUCAGCCGACACCGCGCAACCUGCGGCUUGCAAAGUCAAUACGAAAUAGAAGGAUACAAUGCCUGGCGAGACUCCACCAAACCAACAGAGAUACUGACGAAACUUUGUAAAGACAACAAACUGGAUGGGCCCCAACUACGUCCUGGGCAGAUACAAAUUGGAAGCAAAAUAUUCACCGGACAAACUGUAUUUAACGAGGAUGAUGAGCAAGUGGAAUCGUAUGAACAUCUUGCCCUGAAAGCCCUCCAGUCUUGGUCGGAUAUUCCUGAAACUGGGUGCAAGUUAGUUCCAGAACACAUUGAAACCCGACCCUUGUAUCACAAGGACAAACCAGGAAUAGAGCAGGGGAGGAUCCAGAUGUGGGUGGACUUGUUCCCUACAGAUCUGCCACUUCCAGGCCCUCCCGUUGACAUUUCUCCAAGAAAGCCAAAAGGAUAUGAACUAAGAAUAAUUAUCUGGAACACGGAAGAUGUUAUACUGGAGGAUGAGAAUAUAUUCACAGGACAAAAAUCAAGUGAUAUUUAUGUUAAAGGGUGGUUGAAGGGAAUGGAGGACGACAGCCAGGAGACGGACGUCCAUUACAACUCCUUAACCGGUGAAGGCAAUUUCAACUGGCGUUUUGUAUUCCCAUUCAGUUACCUCCCUGCAGAAAAACAAAUAGUGGUCAGUAAGAGAGAAAAUAUAUUUUCUUUGGAGAAGACGGAAAGGAAAAUUCCUGCAGUGCUGCUGCUCCAAGUCUGGGACUUUGACAGACUUUCUUCUGAUGACUUUCUAGGUUCUAUGGAGCUAAACCUGAAUGCAUUCCAUCGGGGAGCGAAAACUGCCAAGAGCUGUGAUCUGAGCAUGGCCACCACCCUAAAGGAAGAAAACAAGAUCUCCAUCUUCCAGCAGAAGCGAAUCCGAGGCUGGUGGCCCUUUGUGAAAUCCGGAGAGCUCACUGGCAAAGUGGAGGCAGAGUUUCAUUUAGUGAUGGCUGAGGAAGCAGAAAAGAAUCCUGUUGGUCGUGCUCGGAAGGAGCCUGAACCCCUGGAGAAGCCAAACCGGCCAAAUACCUCCUUUAACUGGUUUGUGAAUCCAUUUAAGUGCCUGUAUCACCUGAUCUGGAAGAAUUACAAGAAAUACAUCAUCAUCGGGCUGAUUUUAAUCAUCAUUACUCUGUUCCUGGUGCUGUUCUUCUACACACUGCCCGGCGCCAUCAGCAACCGGAUUCUGUCCGGGUAAAGUUUCAGGCCAUUCAUAUGGAUCCCUCCAUUGACUCUACAAUGACUUCUGAUGGAACAGAUAAGCUGUGAAUUCCCUAUAGUGAAAAGAAACCAACAUGCACCUACCAGCUCUGCCUUCCAUUUAUAUACUCUCUUUUACUCAUAGAUACAUUAUCCUAAAAUGAGCUUCAAUCAGUGGCAAUAAGAGAAAGUGCUCUCUGACUCCUCACUGCCAGUGAUUUGAUGCUGCUUCCAUUCCAUUGAUUGGACAAUCAGUAGAGAUAAUGGCUCUUUCUAAAUCAUUCCCUCAUUACUUGCGCUUCGGAGCUUGAUUUUUGCCGAGAGCUGCUUACCAAUGAGCCUGCCAAUGUAUUUAUAUAACAAGUUAAAAGAUUUAUAAUGUACUUUUUAAUGCAGAUUUAUUUGGAACUAAUCAAUGAUUUGUGUACAGUCAAAGUAAAAAUGAUUUAAAAGGGAAUAUCUGUUGGGGUGGUGAUUUUGCCAGAAGAGUAUUGGAGAUGUAUUCUUGCCCCUACUGACUGCCCAAGUGGUUGGACAUUGGAGAUAUUAUUCAAACCUCAAGCCAAAGGUGGAAGGAUGUGGUUGGCAGUUUUAAUGCUGGGGGUGCAAGUAAAUAACUAGUUCCAGGGAAGCAACAGGCCAACAUGUAGAAAUUGUUUCACCAAAAUAGAAACAUUGAUACCAUUGCCUUGAUCUACUACCUGUCCAACGAAUGUAGAUCUAAUCAAUGCACAACUCUGUAGUCACUUUCUUGUACUUUCUAUAAUUGAACAAAACUACUUAUUCCCCCUUUGAAGGCAUUUCAUUUAUUACAUUUAACUUCAUGGAUCGAAGUACAGAUUUACUAAGCUCGAGUGAUGGUUCGAAUUUCAAAAA